CAACGCAAAUAUUACCAGUAUAUGCAUAAUCAUUAUUAAUAUAAACAACUACUGUUAAGGAUUUAAGGAUUUAAUAGCAGGAGGGGUCGCGCUGUUUUAUUCAGCAGCGUGUUACAGAACACAUCAGUUCACUUCAUCUGGACAUCAUGACUGUAGUGAUUGGAUUUGAGGGGAGUGCUAAUAAGAUUGGUGUGGGUAUAAUCAGAGAUGGGGAAGUCCUGUCAAACCCCAGGCGCACUUACAUCACACCACCUGGCCAAGGGUUCUUGCCUGGUGAGACAGCAAAACACCAUCGUAGUGUUAUUCUUACUGUUGUUCGGGAGGCACUAGAUGAAGCAGGGCUCAAACCUGCAGAUAUUGACUGUGUGGCUUACACCAAAGGGCCUGGAAUGGGGGCCCCUCUGGUGACGGUGGCGAUUGUGGCCAGGACAGUCGCCCAAUUGUGGGGCAAACCUCUCCUGGGGGUGAACCACUGUAUAGGGCACAUAGAAAUGGGCCGAUUAAUCACCGGUGCCCAAAACCCCACUGUGCUGUAUGUGAGUGGAGGGAACACACAGGUUAUUGCAUAUUCUGAACGGCGUUACAGAAUAUUUGGAGAAACAAUAGAUAUAGCUGUGGGAAACUGUCUGGACCGGUUUGCUAGAGUCAUCAAGAUAUCAAAUGAUCCAAGUCCUGGUUACAACAUUGAACAGAUGGCAAAGAAAGGCACCCAGUACAUAGAGCUGCCUUAUACAGUGAAGGGCAUGGAUGUGUCAUUUUCUGGAAUUUUGUCCUAUAUAGAGGAAGCAGCUCGCAAAAUGUUGAGAGUGGGUCAGUGUACUCCUGAGGAUCUGUGUUUCUCCCUACAAGAGACUCUGUUCGCUAUGCUGGUGGAGAUAACAGAAAGAGCCAUGGCUCACUGCAGCUCUCAGGAGGUUCUCAUUGUUGGCGGAGUUGGCUGUAAUCUGCGUCUGCAGGAGAUGAUGGGGGUUAUGUGUAAAGAAAGAGGGGCUCGACUAUUUGCCACAGAUGAGAGGUUUUGUAUAGAUAAUGGCGCAAUGAUUGCACAGGCCGGAUGGGAAAUGUUCCGCUCGGGUCACGUCACAGAGCUGCCAGAUUCCUGGAUUACACAAAGGUACAGAACCGAUGAAGUGGAAAUAACAUGGCGAAACUGAUGUGCAGCAGUUCUUGUGGAUUUGAAUAUAACUUGAUAAAGUACAAGUAAUAUGGAAACAAGACCGUUCAUUGCAACUAGGUUGUACGACUUUUUCAGAAUGUUUAAUUAAAGGUUUCAGGUAAAUUAAUGCAGAAAUUUGUUUGUCAAGAACUUUUGUACAGUAAAAAAAAGCAUUUUUUGAGAGUAUCUAAUAAAAGCAUUUUGUCUACUACAUUUAUACCUGAGAUUGUCCCUUUGUCCAUGCAGCUAUAGCACAAUACAGGUAUUUGACCACAAUUAACAUUUAUUUCUAAUAUAUUGCUGGAUUACAUAAAAACCAAGAGGUCGUCAAUUGUUUUAUAAAGUUUAUUCAUUUUAACUAUGCAACACUGUUCGAUUAAAUCUCUGAACAUCUUCCAGUGUAAAUUAUUUGUAUGUUUCUAAAAAAAAGUUAGGUCAUACACAGCAACGGAUUCCUAUUAGGACUUAUGACCGACAUUCAAUCUGGGUGAAAUAUAUAUUAAAAACAGCAAUAAGACCAAUAGACAUUUGAAGGUGCUACCAUCACGUGCCAGCUGCACCUCUGUAAACUUCAUGAGAACAACAAUUUGCGUGGGAAGAGGAGAUUAAGAAAGGGAAGACUGAUGAGAAAACAUUCUGGAUUUGGUUCUAAAAAUGAGCUCAGUCUUUAAGAGAAACGGAUGACGCGUUCCACUACAGGUCAAAAAGUGCUUGAUUUAACCCCUCGCAUACAAGUAGGAACAGGGAGAAAUAAAAGAGGACUUUAACUGUAAAACUGCAGUUCAUUGAAAUAAAAUUGCAGCUUGGUAACAAUUUUUCUUAAAAGAGACAAUUCUCCACCAAUAAAAUGACAGAGGUGUGCAGAGGGACUCUGCGCCUGAGGCAGACUGUUGUAAGGC